UCAGAGCUACAGCUCAGUUCUUUUCCCACUGAAACAUUUCUAACUUCCCAGUUUCUUUUUCAGUCAUUUCCUCUAAAGGCUGUUCUCCUCUGAAUGUUUGUGGACUUUGCAACAGAGAUCACUCUGUGCGGCUCACUGUCGUGGACUGUACUCGGUUCUGCUGGCAGCUGGUCACCUUACGUUCUGUUUGUGGUUCUGAGAGUUUAAAGUGGACAAAAGAGCUUUUUUCCCUCUUUGUUGAAGAUCCAGCACAACAUGGCAGGAAACAAAACAGUCGACACCGAAAAACUUGGCACUGUCUUUCCAGAAUCCACACCCUCAGUCUCCUCUCGACUGAAAGCCUUUCGUCGGCAGUUUCAUACAGUCCGUGCUACUGCUGGGGACACUGUCCACCUGCCCUGUCGCCUCUCACCUGAAACCAGUACAGCGGCCAGAGAGGUCAGGUGGUUUAAGGGGACAGACUGUAUUGAAGUGUUCCAGGUCACUGUGGGAAGUGGCUGUGAAGGCAGUGGGAAACUGACACUGAGAGAUGUUAAAGUCACUGAUUCUGGACAAUACAGGUGUGAAAUGCUGGGAGAGAAGAAAGAGGAGAUGUCCGUUAUUCAUCUGCACGUAUCAGAGUUUAAACUGGUCUCCAGAUCAGAAGAUGUUGGAAAGCCGUCUCAUGUUGAGCCUCUGAAACCCACUUCGAAGCAGCAGAGCUCUCCAGAUUUUGGACCUCAUGUUUUUUGUGGUCAUGAUGUCACUCUGCCCUGUUACCUCUCUCCUGAAACCAGUGCUGUUGCCAUGGAGAUCAGGUGGUUUAAAGGGACAGACUGCAUUUACCUGUACCUGAAUGGUCAGGUGACAGAGGGGAGAGGCUACGAGGGCAGAGUGAGCAUGUUCACAGAAGAGCUGCAGAGAGGAAACAUGUCUCUGAGUCUGCGAGAUGUUCAGAGGUCAGAUUACGGAGAGUACAGGUGUGAGGUCACUCAUGGAGGACACAGGGUGAAAAACGAUGGAGUGCGGAUAAAAGAGUUUAAAUUAUUCUCCCUCCCAGAGAACAAUCACUCUCUCAUUCCUCAGCCUUUUACUGUCCAUGCUUGUGCUGGUAAUGAUGUCCUUCUGCCUGGUUUCCUCUCACCUAAAACCAGUGCUGUUGCCAUGGAGAUCAGGUGGUUUAAAGGGACAGACUGCCUUUACCUGUACCAGAAUGGUCAGGUGACAGAGGGGAGGGGCUAUGAGGGCAGAGUGAACAUGUUAACUGAUGAGCUGGAGAAUGGAAACGUAUCUCUGAAGCUGAAAGUUUAUCAGUCAGAUGGAGGAGAAUACAGGUGUGAGGUCACUUAUGGAAAACACAAGAUGGAAAACAUAGUUCACCUGCAAAUAGAGGCUCCAGUUUGUUUGAGUGGUUAUUGGAAGAUGUCAAGGAGAUUUAACAAGGGACCUGAACCUGUUAAAACACCAAAAAAGCGAAAAAGACGUGCGAGUGAUUCGAGUGACCAUCGGCCCAUGUGAGGACAGAAAGAGCAGCUCAGCCACCCAGCAGAGAAACUACAGGAGGAGAGAGAGAGCGAGAGAGUGAGAAAGCGAGAGAGAGAGAGAGAGAGAGAGAGAGAUAUUAAGGGACUUAAGAAUUCAGGAGCACUAUAUGUUUCAGUCUCCGGUGUUUAACAGGUAAAUUUGUAGUCAUUAUAAGCAGCGUCUGAUUCAUUCUUUCCAUGUUGGAUAUUGUACAGCGGUACUUGGACACUAGCUGCUGAAAACCUAAUCAGAAAAGCUGACAGUAAAUAAAAAGAAUUUACAUAAAGUAAACUAGAUAAAAUGAUUACAGUACACUGGAUGCAAAAUGUACCUCAAAAAUCCUACAUCCUCCACAGUGGAGAGUGUUUGGUCGUCCAAGAGCCCAAAGAAUUCCAUUGUUUUUAGGUCAUUAUUUGCACUUCGGUCGUUGUUUGUGAAUUUUUUGUUAUUUUAUAAUCGGAGUGUACAGAAGUUGUGGGCGUGGUCGCAGAGACUUUCCUUUCUGCUUCUUUUUCUUUGUAUCGAGGCUCGUGUCAUAUUUUCAAGUGGUAUCAAACCUGUAGUGAAGAGUUUUUUGGACGUUGGACCCCCUCGAGAUACUCAGUGUUGGAGGUCAUUGCAAACUGCUUAUCUAAUGUGGAAAGUGUAAAAUAGUUCCACACAGCACAAACUUUUUCACCCCAUCUGUUCAUGCGCUGUCACUCAAACUGGGUGACCCUGACUUGGUGGAGAACAUCUGAGAUCACUGGAGGCCUUAGACCUGGGAUGGACAUCAGAGACCAACAUGAACUUCAUCUUUGUAGACUGAACUGAACCAGUGCUGCUGUGUCUGUUUACAGCGAUGAAUCUUUAUAUCUGUGAACCAAAGUCGUCAGCAUAGAUUUUAGUGUCGUAAUGAAUCAGUACAUAUAAUCUGAUUCACAUAUAAUUUGCUAAAUGGUUUUUAUUUGUAUUUCUUUGUUUUUGUCUUUAUGUUCUUUGCAGUCAGAUUAAAGAUGAAAGACUGUGACAUGAUUUAUUUAUUAGAUUUUAUUUGACAUCAUGAAAACCUGGACUUCCAUUUUUCAGCCUGUGUUUUUGUGUUUAUGCAGAUUUGUUGACAUGCUGGGAUGUUUUUCCUUUUUAUGCUUUAACACAGUAAUAAGAUGUAAAUCAAUGUAAUGAUGUGAUUCUGUAAUUUGAUUUGUCUUCUGUUUUUACCUUUUUGAUGUAUCCCCAUCAUUGAACAUUUGAAUGGGUGCUUUUCACAUGUUUCAGAAUGUUCAUUUUGAUGUUUUAUUAAAAGUUAUUUGAUCUGUGGGACUAAAGCCAA